GCACCAAAAUGUACUAAACCUAGCGCGUGCAAAUAUUCUCUACGUAAUAUAAAACGUCAUAUCCUUUAUCACUUGUUUAUAUGAUUAUUCCGUCUACAUGUGUGAAGAAGUCUUUUGAGACAUUCCACAGUUGCAAUUCUCUGAUUCGCCAUGAAUACGCUGGUCUGUAUGACACUGUGUCUGCAUGUACUCGCCGUGAUGGGACGACCUGCGAUGGAAAAACGUGCGAUGGGACAACCUGCGAUGGGACAACCUUCGAUGGGAAAACCUGCGAUAGUACAACCUGCGACGAGCCUAUCGAACCCGCUGGUAACCCUCCAGACUCUCGAGGCAGAGGUGAAUGCCUUGAAAAAGAAAGAUGGAUCUUGUGAAAAUUGUCGAAACAGUGCCACUGUGGCGUUUACUGCUAUUCUGGAUUUUCCCGUAGUGAGUAUUCGCCCAGGUCAUCACAUAAAGUUCGGAAAUGUGGUCCUAAACAAAGGCGGGGCGUAUAACCCAUCGACCGGAGUCUUUACAGCGCCCGUCACUGGCCUCUAUCUGUUUGCGGCAACAGUGUUACACAGGCCCGAAGAAAAAUCGUUUGACGCAGCAAUUGUGCACGGAGUAGGGUACAACGAUAAAAAAGUCGCCAUUCUUCACGGGGCUGAAAAGAUGUGGGACGAAGGUAGUCAAACUGUUAUCAUUCAGGUGAACAAAGGCGAACAGGUUUGGAUUCGGAAUGACAAUACAUACAACAGUCUCAUUACUGGUAUAGGGUACAGCUCAUUUGCGGGAUAUCUAUUAGGAUGAGCAUGGAAAAAAAUAGUGCGAACAAGCGCAAGAAACUGAUUCAAACUUAAGAAGCAAGCUCAUACCCAAUAAAUGUUUCUUAGCCGAUAACAUGACAAUGCUGGUAUUCUGAAGAAAAAAUAAAGAUAUAAAAGUU